CACGAACAUGAUAUGACAGUAGAUGAAAACACCUGCUGCAAUAAUGGGAAACACCACCUGUCCUCAUCAAAAGAACAAGUGAAACAAGCAAAUGACAGUGCAGGGAGAAAAAGCAUCAAGUCAAACUUCAAGAAUUAUUCAAUGCCACCAAGAAAUACAUCAAGGCAGGACAAUAAGACCACUGAUGAGGAGAAUACCCCGCAUAAUUUGAAAAAUGAACCAGUGCAGCACAAAAAGCAUUGUGAAGGAGAGAGGAAACCUUCAUGUGAUCCUAAAAAUCUAAGACCAUUAUCAGAUCCAUUGGUGAAGCAAGACAAGAAAUCCUCCCCUCUAGAGACACAGAAACAGGUGCCACCAGGUGACUUUGUAAAGCCUGAAACUGAGUCAGAUGAAAAAAAGUCUAAGCCUACCUCUGAGAAGCCCCAGUCACCUUCUUCAAACAAAGUGCUGAAGCCUCAAGAAAGAAGCUAUUCAGGAGAGAGGAAUCAAAAGUCUCCAGCAGCGGAGGACACCAGGUCACCUGAAACAAAGGCUGUAAAAAAGGAUAAUAAGCACCAGCAUUCUGGGAAGUACCAGCUACCCCCUUCAAGAAAAUCAGCAAAGUGUGAGGAAAACACUCCAGGAGGAGAAAAGCAGCAAACAAGAUGUGAAGAUUUUACGGCGCCUGAUACAAAUGCUGCAAAAGAGAAGAACAAAUAUCCAAGUUCCAGGAAGUACCAAUCAGUAUCUUCAGAAACAUUGGUUAAGCCUCAAGAAAAAAAUACUCCAGAACAAAAGCAACAAACACCAGCUUCUGCAGGUUUUAAGAAGCCUGGUACUAAUGCUGUAAAAGAAAAGGACGGAGAUCCAAAUUCUGAGAAGUCACCUUCUUCAAAGAAAGUGGUGAAGUCCCAAGAAAAAAAUACUUCAGGAGACAGGAGGCAAAAGACACUGGCAACAAAGGACAUCAGGUCACCUGAAACAAAGGCUGUGAAAGAGGAAGAUAAACACCAGCGUUCCGGGAACCACCAGUUACUGCCUUCAAGUAAAUCAGAAAAGCCUGAAAAAAAUAUUCCAGGGGGAGAAAAACAACAAGCUGUGUCUGAAAGUUUCACAAAGCCUGAUGCAAGUCCUGUAAAAGAUAAAAGCAAAGGUCCAGGUUCUGGGAUGUGGCAGUCCCCACCUUCAAAUUUGCUGGUGAAGCUACAAGAAAAGAACACCACAACCAAAAAGAAACAGUCACCACCACUGCCCGAUGAAAAAACAACGUAUAAAACUGGUAGUCCAGGAAAGAAGAGUGGACCUGAGAGAAGAGAGAAAUACCAGCUGUGCUCUUCAGCUCAAACAGAGAAGCACGGCAAUGAUGGCUCAGGAAAGGAAGGCCCUGCAGGCGACUUUGGGAGCUAUCAAGCUCCAUUGCCAAGUGAUGGCACGAAUUGUAAAAGCAAUACUGUCCCAAAAGAGAUCAGUUUGUCUAACACAGGAAAGUCGUCCAAAUCAUCCUCAUUUCAUGUUGCAUCAAAAGAUGAGGAAAAUCCUGCUGAAAAUAGAAAAAAGCAGCCUGGAUUCAAGAAGUACCAAGCGCUCUCAUCAAAGAAUUCAGUGAGGCAUGAAAAAGAUGUUGCUGAAAGGGAGGGGAGCUGGCAGGCAGCUGGCAAAACAAGUGAGAGAGAAGCAGAACUGGAGGACUGCUCUAAAGCAGCGCCAUUCUCAAAAUACACAGUGGAAAGCUACAGUGAAAGCCCCUUAGAUUCAUCCUUCAAACCAUUGAUCAUUAGAGUAACUGACACAUUUAAAUAUCACAGCUAAAAAAAGUGGCUACAGCUUAGGCAAGGACUUACAACUGAUCAUGCCACCGAUUCCCUUGAUCUUUCUCUUUUCCUUUACUCUCCAGGGCAUUAUAUUAUAAUUUUUUAAUCACAAGGACAUUGAUGUGCAUCUAUCUGAGCUGGGCUUUUUCCUUUCUUAAACAUUAGCCUGAAGACAUGAAUUAAAUUAAUCACUGCAAGUGAAUUAGCUAAUCACUGAAUUAAUCAUCAGUUUAUAAAUUAAAUAUGAGAAGGGCUUUGAGAUCGCAUGAAUUCAGCCCUGCUCCAGACUCUCCUUGCUAACUA